GAGAGAGAGAAUUGAAGAUGAGUGGGACUGGGAACCAUGGUUGGAAGGUUCUAAGUGGGAGUGAUCACUGGAAAGAUCUACUGGAGCCUUUGGAUUCGGAUCUCCGCCGCUACCUCAUUCACUACGGAACCAUGAUUGAACCCGUAGGCGAUGCUUUCAUAAACGAACCAGCUUCCAAAAAUGUGGGAUUGCCGCGAUACGCCAGGAGAAACCUCUUUCAAAACACAGGACUUGUGAAGGGAAACCCUUUCAAAUAUGAAGUGACCAAAUACUUUUAUGCACCAUCUCAAUUAUCACUCGACGCUCUAGGGUAUACUCUUUCGGAAUCGAAUUGGAUUGGAUACGUUGCUGUGGCCACGGAUGAAGGAAAAGCUGCUUUAGGACGAAGAGACAUUCUGGUUGUUUGGAGGGGAACAAUCCGACCCUUCGAGUGGAUUACUAAUAUCAUAUUCCUUUUUGUUAAUGCGCCAUUAAUCUUUGGCCAAAACUCUGAUCCUCUCGUGCAUAUGGGUUGGUACUAUAUGUACACCUCCGCCAUUCAAGAUUCUCCCCUCAAUGCAACCAGUGCCAGAGAUCAGAUUCGUGAAGAAGUUGCAAGACUUGUUGAGUUAUACAAGGACGAGGAAAUUAGCAUAACCGUGACAGGACACAGCUUGGGUUCAUCCAUGGCAACACUGAACGCAACAGACCUGGCUUUCAAUCCAAUCAACAAUAAUAAAGAUAUUCCUAUCACUGCUUUCUUGUAUGCAAGCCCCAAAGUAGGGGAUGAGAAUUUUAAAAAUGCCAUUUCUAAUCAACAAAACCUUCGUGUCUUGCGAAUCUCCGACGUCAAUGAUCCUGUUCCAUUAGUUCCGCCGUAUGGAUGGGGAGUUGGUGAAACCGAAGAAUCAAAAAUAGAUUACGUAGAUGUGGGGGUGGGUUUGGCGAUUGAAUCCAAGAAAUCCAACUAUUUGAAGCCUGAGGGCCUCAACUAUCACGACUUGAUGCUUUAUUUGCAUGGAAUUGACUUAUACCAGACGCCUGAAGGAGCGUUUGAGCGUAAGGGAGACUUUGAUCUUGCCAAAGUUAAUAAGUAUCAGGAUGCUUUGAAAGACGAGAAUCGUAUACCAAUAGCAUGGUUUAACAUAAAGGAUAAAGGAAUGGUUCAGCAGGACGAUGGGAAUUAUAUCCUUGACGAUCAUGAGCCAGAUGAAUAAAACUAUGCAUGUGUGUUUGAAUAAAACUAAGUCUUCUCUAGGUUCAUGAAGACCUUUCUAUAAUUAUUCUGUUUGGUUUGAAUAAAAUUGGAGCUGAGGCAAGUAGCCGCUUGUGGCUAGCUGUCUAGUCCAAUGCGUGUGAGGUUUGUUAGCUUGUAUUUGAAUUAUUAUGUUUCAAUCAUCUCAGCUCUUUUCAGCAAUGUAUAUAAUAAUAAAAGAUCAGACUUGAUCGA